CCCCGCCUUGUUAAUUCCAUGACAAAUAAUUUCUUCUUCUUCUUCCAUCCCUUUUUCAAGAUCAUUAUUUUCCUCCUCCUCCUCCACUCUCUGCCUGCGUUGGAGACGUAAAAGGAAGAGGGUGGGAAAAUACCCCUUUCGGACAAAGAGGAAGACACCCCCACCCUCCUCCUGCUGCUGCUGCUGCUCCUCCCCACCCCCCCGAAACCUCACACGCAACAAACAGAGGCUCCCAAAAACUGAUGAACUACAAAUGAAAAAGAGGAAAAGAUGGAAUUGCACAUAUUAGAGCACCGACUAAAAGUAGCUAGCGUCGCCAAGGAGAGAAUCCAGUUGUUUACCUACGGGCUGAUCAAGCUAGCUUUUCUCUCCUCCAAGACCAGGUGCAAGUUCUUCAGUUUAACAGAGACGCCAGAGGACUAUACCAUCAUAGUGGAUGAAGAAGGCUUUCUAGAGCUCCCUUCCUCGGAACACCUGAGUGUGGCGGAUGCGACGUGGUUGGCGCUCAACGUGGUUUCUGGAGGAGGCAGUUUCUCCAGCUCCCAGCCCAUCGGCGUGACCAAGAUUGCCAAAUCAGUGAUAGCUCCGUUGGCUGAUCAGAACAUCUCAGUAUUCAUGCUCUCCACUUACCAGACAGACUUCAUCCUGAUACGUGAGCGGGACCUGCCCUUUGUGACGCACACGCUGGCUUCUGAAUUCACCAUCCUCAGGGUCGUGAACGGGGAGGCAGUGGCGGCUGACAGCCUCGGGAUAACAAACGGAUUUAUGAAACCGAAACUGGUUCAGAGGCCUGUCAUCCACCCGCUUUCCAGCCCAAGUAACAUGUUCUGUGUCACCAGCCUGGACCCAGAUACCCUCCCCUCGGUUGCUACACUCCUUAUGGAUGUCAUGUUUUACUCCAAUGGAGUAAAAGAUUUUAUGGUGGGCAAUGAAGACUCUGGACACAUUCGCUUUUUCUCAUUCUCCCUCAUUGAGGGUUACAUUUCUUUGGUGAUGGAUGUACAGACGCAGAAAAGGUUUCCUAAUAAUUUGUUGUUUACAAGCGCAUCGGGAGAACUCUGGAAGAUGGUCCGGAUUGGAGGGCAGCCUCUUGGGUUCGAUGAAUGUGGAAUUGUGGCACAGAUUUCUGAACCGUUGGCAGCAGCUGACAUCCCAGCCUAUUACAUCAGCACGUUUAAGUUUGAUCAUGCACUGGUACCAGAAGAAAAUAUCAACGGUGUUAUCAAUGCACUUCAAGUGAGUCAAGCUGAAAAGCACUAGGAAUCCUUUGGAGCGGAACUAAGGGUGCAUUUUCUGUCAAAAAUUCUCAGUAUUUUCUUGGAGCAAGGAGAGAGAGAG